GCUAUUAAAGCUCUGAGGACCAAGGGUGACUGUCCACAAGAUCGCUACAUAUCAACCACUGUGGGGGGGAGAAAAAAAAACUUGUGUAUUAUUAACGAGAAGGCCCUACUUAUCACAAUGCAUUGCCUGAAAAGUCUGAGGACAGCAAACCCGGGAGUCUUGCAGCUAUUUAAAAAUGCAGGAAUCUCCGCCAGAGUUGGAGCUGACAGCAUUGUCUUGUCCAGGACGCAGCAACCUGUACCUCUCCCCGGCUGGGCCGCAGCAUCACCCCACACCCACAGAGCCUUUCAUCAACAGACGGGCCCUGAUGUGGACCAAGGGCAGCCAAACAGGAGCCGGUGGAUGUCUAGUAUGGAGGAUCUACUUUUCUACACCAUAACUGAAGGCCAAGAGAUGAUCCCCCUCUCCCAGUUCAUCUCUGCUAUGAGAAAAACAGGUUUGUUGACGUCUGACCCCCGGCUGCGUGACUGUGUCCAUCAGAUGCGGCUUUCCACGCGUGACUCUAUCGGGCCCGUCAUGAUGGACAAGAAGCUCUUCAGAAGGUGUGUGGGAAACAACAUCAUGCUUCUAACCAAGGCUUUCAAAAAAAAGUUCAUCAUUCCGAACUUCGAAGAGUUUACUAAGCAGAUCGAUCAGAUGUAUGAGAGCGCACAACAGCAGGAGACCGGACAGGUAGCUGAUUACAUCCCUCAGCUGGCUAAGUUCAGCCCUGAUCUCUGGGGCGUCUCUGUCUGCACAAUCGAUGGACAGAGACACUCUGUGGGUGACACAAAAGUUCCCUUCUGUCUGCAGUCGUGUGUGAAGCCUCUGGAGUACGCCAUCGCUGUGCACGAUUUCGGCAGUGAACACGUUCACAACUUUGUUGGCAAAGAGCCCAGUGGAUUCAAGUUCAACAAACUGUCCCUAAAUGAUGACCUUAAACCCCACAACCCGAUGGUGAAUGCCGGCGCCAUCGUCAUCAGUUCUUUAAUUGAGCCUCAUUCCAAAAAGGCCCAGAGGUUCGACUAUGUGAUGGACUUCUUGAAAAGCAUGGCUGGUACAGAGUUUGUGGGCUUCAGCAACGCAACCUUCCAGUCAGAGAGGGAGACUGGGGAUAGGAAUUUUGCAAUUGGUUAUUACCUCAAAGAGAAAAAAUGCUUUCCUGAAAAUGCAGACAUGAUAGCAGCCCUUGACUUCUACUUUCAGUUAUGCUCCAUUGAGGUGACUUGUGAGUCAGGAAGUGUCAUGGCUUCCACACUAGCCAACGGGGGUAUUUGUCCAACCACAGGCGAGCGUGUGCUGAGCGCCGAAGCCGUUCGAAACACCCUGAGUCUCAUGCAUUCCUGUGGCAUGUACGACUUCUCAGGCCAGUUUGCCUUCCAUGUGGGCUUGCCUGCUAAAUCUGGGGUCUCAGGCGCUGUUCUGUUGGUGGUCCCUAAUGUCAUGGGCAUGAUGUGUUGGUCUCCACCUUUAGAUCGGCUCGGAAACAGUGUUCGUGGAAUUCACUUCUGUCAGGAUCUGGUGUCCCACUUCAACUUUCACAAUUAUGACAACCUGAGACACUUCACAAAGAAACACGACCCCAGGAGAAAAUCAGAUGGCGAUCCACACAAGUCAGUGAUAAACCUGAUGUUUGCAGCCUACAGGGGUGACGUCGGUGCGCUAAGAAGGUUUGCCCUUUCAGCUGUGAACAUGGAGCAGAGAGACUACGACUCUCGCACAGCGCUCCACAUUGCUGCGGCAGAAGGUCAUUUAGAAGCUAUUAUCUUCCUAACUGAAAUAUGUAAAGUGAAUCCCCACAUGAAGGACAGAUGGGGAAACACGCCUGUUGAUGAUGCCAUCCAGUUUGGCAAUGGAGUGGUUGUUACUCUGCUGCAAGAGUACCAGAGUAUUUACGAUGAAAGGGAGCCCCAUGUGGACACAGAAGAACAGAAGCCCUCACUGGAUACAUUAAAGAGCCUUGCUUAAGGGGUUAUGAGGGUUUCUUGAGAAAUAUUCAUCCAUUUUAAAUAUGCACCUGAGGGGACUGAAAGGCGGCAGAUUGAUUUAGGAACAUGAAAAAUUGAUGGGAUUUUCUUAAAUGUAAAAGUAAAUGUAACAUACUGGUAAAAGAGGGAUCAUCCUUUAGACUGCUGAAAAGCUAUAAGGUGCAAUAUGAUGUCCCUCUAAUGCAUUUCUGCAGACUGGAGCAAUAGUUCGAUAGUGUGGAGCAUCAACACAGCACUAUAUAUACAAAGCCAUGUGGCGCUGGAAAAUGACAGUAAAUUAAACCAUGAUUUGGUUUCCGUUGCAAUAUUAAUGAUCUGUUUUUCAGGCUUUGCUUCUGAUUGAAAAUGCCACCAAGAUGUAAAUAUCUAGUAUAUAUUCAUUGUGCUUAUUUAUUUUUAAAACAUUGAAAUAUAUUUUUGCUUCAUCAGCAUUUCAUUUAAUCAGAAGGUUUUAUGCCCCCUGUGUAAUGAUGGUAUAAAUAUUCCCAAAGCUGCUUCAUUAUUAUUCUACCUCUACAGGAGGGGUUUGAUUGCAUUUCAGCCUGUAGCAAUAGAAGUACCACAUCAUAGAUUCUCAGCUUGUGUUUACCUUGUUUCGUUCUUUUUGAGGGACUUUCUCUUUUAUAAUAAACGUGAGCUCAUGUUUGUAGUUUCUUGGGAAUCAAAGACUUAUCUCCAUGUCUCAGGUACUGGAAGAAAAACAUUCUUAAUAUAUAAAAAUAACUUUUGAAAAUCAGACACAGACAUUUGAAGUGAUCUUUUACAACAACAAAAAAAAAAGACAUUAAAGCACUGUGCACCUUUGUCAUCAUCAAAAUUUUGUUUGACUUCAAUUCAUUUUCUCAAAUCCAUUAAUUUGACUGUUUAACCACGGCAAUGAUGAUUCCUGAGCAUGACAUAAGCUUCAGUCUGUCCCUGUAAAUAUGUACUAUCCUGCUGUAAAUAAACGAGACAUGUAGAAGUAUUUUCAUUGAAGUAAUUUUAUUAAACAACAUACCGUUUGAACAUGAGUUCAAACAAUUUUGUUUUGUGUGUUGAUAUCAGCUUUGAAACUGGUAGGUAUUGCAGGUACAGCAUAAGACACUAUGGCAGUUAAUGAUCGUCAAAAAAGAAAAGAAAAA